CAAUACAAGUAGUCUACUCAUCCAAGGGUUGGUAAUGACCUAACACCAGGGUCCAUCUCCUAUUUGAUUAAAUUAAUCUGCUGAAUGCACCAUCUAGGGUUUCCCCUUUCCAAAGCCCACUUCCUCCUCCACUUCUUUACCUCCGCUCAACGCUCAGCAAUUCUCUAAUUCCCACUAUUAACUUUCAUCCUAGCUUCAAUUUUGAUAGUUUACAAGCUACAAAGACUUCAACUUUCUACCUGACCUUGUAAGUACUCUUUGCUUCCCCUCUCUCUCUCUCUCUCUCUCUCUCUCUUUCUUUCUUUUUUUUUUUUUCAAUUAUUAGAGCUCAACUCUCAAUCAUAGUUUGAUUUAAUAAGAGCUUGGAUAUCUAUAUACCCGGGUGUUAUUGAGUGGGUGAGGUAUAAGGGUGAGGCUAAUUUUUAUGGGGAAAUCAGGUGGUAGGAAAAAGAAGGGAAGUGCUGGUUUAAAUCAAGUAUUAUCAACUGGUGAUAACGGUAGUAGUUCAAAUUCAACAACCACCCCAAAUGCUAAUGGUGCUGUCGAUUUUGACUCUUCAAUAUUUUUGAAACGAGCUCAUGAGCUCAAAGAAGAAGGGAACAAGAGGUUCCAAAACAAGGAUUAUGUGGGUGCUCUUGAACAGUAUGAUAAUGCUCUUCGAUUGACUCCCAAAACCCACCCUGAUCGUGCUGUGUUCCACAGCAAUAGAGCCGCUUGCUUGAUGCAAAUGAAACCUAUUGACUAUGACACUGUCAUUGCCGAAUGCACUCUGGCCCUUCAGGUUCAGCCACGCUUUGUAAGAGCUCUCCUUAGGAGGGCUCGAGCAUUUGAGGCCAUUGGCAAGUAUGAAAUGGCUAUGCAGGAUAUUCAGAUAUUGUUAGGAGCUGAACCAAACCACCAAGAUGCUUUGGAGAUUGCCCGGAGAUUAAGAACAGCAUUAGGUCCUCGCCAGGAGUCUCAGCAGGACCUUCAAAGCCGUCCUUCUCCUGCUGCAUUAGGAGCAUCUGCAGUUCGUGGUGCACCAAUUGCUGGUCUUGGGCCUUGUUUACCAGCCCGUCCCGUAUCCAAGAAGGCUGCAACUCCACCUGCGGGAUCAGCUAUUUUGGCUGGUAACAAGCUGGAAAAGUCACAAGUAAAUGUGAUUAGUGAAAAUGGUCCUGAGAGCAAAACCCAGCUUCCGAAACUUGUGUUGAAGCCUUCAAGUGGCUCUUCAAAACCUACAGCUGUUCUGGCCAAGGAUAACCGAGGAGAAUCAUCACUAUCUUCAUCAAUGUCAUUGCCCAUUCACGGGCAGGUCUCGGAGGUAGCAGUUCAGUGGAGGCCGCUGAAACUUGUUUAUGAUCAUGACAUAAGACUAGCACAGAUGCCAAUGAACUGUAGUUUUAAAGUGCUAAGGGAUAUAGUGAGCAAACGUUUUCCAUCUUCGAAAUCUGUCCUGAUCAAAUAUAAAGAUAAUGAUGGCGAUUUGGUGACUAUAACAUGUGCAGCUGAACUCAGAUUGGCAGAGGCCUCUGCAGACAGCCUCUUGCCUAAGGACCCUAAUACCGGUAAAACUGAUGCAGCUGGGAUGUUAAGAUUACAUAUUGUUGAGGUGAGUCCUGAGCAGGAGCCUCCUCUGCUGGAAGAAGAGGAGGAGAAACCUUUUGAGGCUGAAAGGACCAAGGAGGAUGAAAGUGGGUCCCAUUCAUCACUUGGUGAAUCAGUGCUGGAAACAGUUGAUACUGAAAUUGAUAAGGCAGAGAAAGAGGCCCCAAAGGAGAAAACAGGGGCUUCUGAAGAUCCAGAGAGCAGAGAAGUAGAGAUGGAUGAUUGGUUGUUUGAGUUUGCUCAGCUUUUCAGGACUCAUGUUGGUAUUGACCCAGAUGCUCAUAUUGACUUGCAUGAGCUUGGAAUGGAGCUGUGUUCUGAGGCACUUGAGGAGACUGUGACAAGUGCAGAAGCUCAAAGUCUCUUUGACAAAGCUGCCUUAAAGUUCCAGGAGGUAGCUGCUCUGGCUUUCUUCAAUUGGGGAAACGUUCACAUGUGUGCGGCAAGGAAACGGAUUCCCUUAGACGAGUCUGCUGGAAAGGAGGUAAAAGCAGCACAGCUUCAAGCAGCCUAUGACUGGGUGAGGGAUAAAUAUUCUUUAGCCAGAGAGAAGUAUGAGGAGGCGCUGUUAAUCAAGCCGGACUUCUAUGAGGGGCUGCUGGCACUGGGACAGCAGCAGUUUGAAAUGGCCAAACUUCAUUGGUCAUUUGCACUUGCUAAGAAAAUUGAUCUCUCAGGCUGGGACUCUACAGAAACUCUUAAACUUUUUGACAGUGCAGAGGAGAAGAUGAAAGCAGCAACUGAGAUGUGGGAAAAGCUGGAGGAGCAUAGAGCGAAUGAGCUAAAAGAUCCUAGUGCAAGCAAGAAGGAAGAAGUGUUGAGAAGAAGGAAGAAACAAGGAAGCAUUGAAAGUGAAUCCUCGGGUAAUGGCGGUCAGGGUGAGAUUUCACCAGACGAAGCAGCUGAACAAGCAGCAGUGAUGAGAUCGCAGAUACACCUCUUCUGGGGUAACAUGCUUUUUGAGAGAUCCCAAGUUGAAUGCAAAUUGGGGAUGGAUGGUUGGAAAAAAAACCUUGAUACUGCAGUUGAACGUUUUAGGCUUGCUGGAGCUUCUGAGGCUGACAUUUCAAUGGUUUUGAAAAACCAUUGCUCCAACAGGGAAGCAGUUGAAGGAGGUGAGAAAAAGGCUGAGAAUGCCAACACUGACACUGUUGGCGAAGUAGAAAAGAGCAAGGAGAAGGAUAAAGCAUGAGAGAAGUAAUUAAGUACUCUGAUUUUAUCUCUGAUACUCCAUGGUGUCAACGAAUUACCUCCAUAUGUUCUCCCUAAUAAUGAGCAUGAACUGGAACAUGGAAAUGCUCGUCUUCUCAGCUGAAGGGUUGAAUUGUGGAUUGUUUUCUCUUUUGGAAUUGAGAAUUUUUGUCCGAGCAUUGAAUAUCAGCAGUGAUGUAUUUGAGAGAACUUUCUUUAUAAGGCCUCCAAUUUCUUCGAGGUGAUGUUUCUCUGUUCACAUACUAAUGAUUUUCUCAUAAAUUAGUUUUUGGUCUAGGACUUUUGACAUUAGUGCUUGAUCUUAGUGUGGUUUAAUAAUGAGAUCCCUGAUUCUUAUGUAACAUUGCUUGUUUCAUUAUUUGAACCUAUAGAUAUGUUUUCAGUUUUAAAAAUCUGUUCACUUAUAAUUUUGAUUUGUUGAGCUGCUGGGUGUAGCAUGCAGAAAUUGUUUUUAGUAAAUUUAUGAGACAGUGACGAAAUGGAUUCUCUCUUA